GGCUAUCCUGGCCAUGACAGACUGAGAGGCCAACUGCCUACCAGGACAGGAGCUCUUUGGAGAAAGGACUGGAGGAAGUGGUGAAAAAAGACUAAAACAUGAAUAAUCUUGUGAGUGAACAGGAGGUAACUGAGAGAGGUGUUUAUAAUGAGGUUGUUUCCCUCCUGGCACACAUGGAUGACCAAGAUAAGGACAGAAUUGCCCUCAGGAUUGCCUCUAUAGCUAAGACCAAGCUGGCUAGUGUUGUGAGAGUUCUGCUGGAGAAAUUGCAACAGGAUAAGCAAAACAGAGUAGCCAUCUACUAUAUCCUGGAGGAGGUAUUACAGCAGGACACCGGGGGCCUAGAGAUAAGGCUAGUGAAAAACAUUGUAAGCCUAGCCUCAGACCAGAUGAGAGAGACUCAGGAAGCAACAAAUGAAGUAAAAGUGGCAGCUAGCAACACGUUAGUGACUCUGGCAAGCUGCUAUUUUGAUCAUGUCAUGUAUGAGCUACACUGUCAUCUGAAACCACCGAAGCUGCCUGAAGAGUUUAUUUUAGUUACGCUGGCCAACCUGUCAUCAGCCUAUGCACUUCUGGAACAAUGGUCAAGGGCAGUACGUCUCUUUUUGGCUAACUGGGAAAAGUGCUCAUUCCCCAAAGUGGGCCAAUUGCGACUCUGCAAUCAUUUUCUUCCGUCUACACUCAUGUGACCAGCAACUGGCUGACCUGUGAGGAGCCGGAGCUCAAGCAGGCUAUCAUCAAAGCCCUUGGUCCCAUGAUGAGCCUCCUGCUACACAAAGAGGAGUAUCAAGAUCAGAUAUUUGAACACCUCUCAUGGCUCCUUGAGCAAUAUAAUGAAAACACUGAUGUUUUUCACGUCACCAAGAGUCUGAGCCAGCUCUUGGAGGUCUCUGGUGAAUAUAAGAUCCCUCUCCCUGACGGGAAGUUUCAAGCCAUCUGCAGUGCUCUGCAUAACCAGAUCUGUUCUCAAGCUAAGCCGCUCAGCAUGGAAAAUCACACAGAGCUGGUCCAUUGUGUAGUUCAACUAGCCCGUUCUUCUCCUGAUGAUCUGAUAGCCUUUCUGCACUCGCAGCUGGAGAUUGAGAAUGAGGCUGUUCGUGUGGCAUCUCUGAAUCUGCUCAGAGCUAUUGUUGGUGCUGACUUGCCCGAGACAAGACCGAAAAAGUGUCUGAUUGUGAAGGCAGUGAAAUCCACUUUCAGUGAUCAGAAUGCUACGGUGAGGAAGGCAGUUCUUCAUUUCAUCCAGAGGCUGCUCAGCUUACAAAGUGUGGAGAACUGUGCAGCUUGGGAUAUGGUAGCACAUGUUUUCACGGAGUUCAGCGUGUCCACCAGCAAACUAGCUAUUCCGGAAGAAAACACGAUCCAAACCCUUUGCACUGACAUCCUGCAAUGUCUGGACACCUCGGUCACUGGAAUGACCCAAGUGUUAUGGCCAAGGCUUCUCGAAUAUGUGGUGCCAGUUCAGUACACUGGUACUUUGAAGACUCUCUGCAGAUGCCUUAGGGAGCUGGCUGAGAAAAAGCAGCAGGAAGGAGAAGAAGCUGCUUGCCUUGACUACGGUGGACCAGUGAAACUCCCUACACCCCAGGGGCUGCUGGCACGACUCCUGGUAGUAGCCUCGUCCCCUUAUGCAGGAGAAGGACACGGAUGUGCUGCCUUGCAGUUACUACAGGCCCUGCACCAAAAUAUCCAUGUAGCAGUGGGUGAGAUGUGGGGAGUAAAGAUCCCAUCUCUGCUGCAGUACAUUGAAGGUAAAGUGCUAGUUAGGAGGAGUGCGGUCCAUGGAGCAUAGAAGGGAAGCCAGAAAAUGCAGCUUCGUAUCGACACGUGUGUGCCAUUCCUGUUGCAGUAUGUGGGAACAGUGGGGAAUUGAAAUUGGGCUUCUAGGCCCUCACUUUUCCUUCAUCUGGAUAACUGUGAACCACUGGGCUAAAUCUAGAGUUAAACCACUGAAGCCAAUUCAAUCCGGGCAGAAUCAG